AUGGAACCACACUCAUCUAGGGAAGAUUUGGUCAUCAAGGCAAGAAAGCCAUAUACAAUUACCAAGCAGCGAGAGCGAUGGACACAUGAGGAGCAUAAUAAGUUUCUUGAAGCCCUGAAGCUCUAUGGCCGAGCAUGGCAGCGCAUUGAAGAACACAUUGGAACAAAGACUGCUGUGCAGAUCAGGAGUCACGCUCAGAAAUUCUUUUCCAAGCUGGAGAAGGAGGCACACGUUAAUGGCGUUCCCAUAGGACAAUCAAUUGGCAUUGAUAUUCCUCCUCCACGUCCCAAAAGAAAACCAUGCAAUCCUUAUCCUCGAAAGUCUAGUUCAGCUGCAUCGACAUGUGCCACAUUGCAUGUGGGAGCAAAGGUUGGAAAACUUUUAUCAUCAGCGUCUUCUUCAUGCUAUAAACAAGUAGUGGACUUGGAGAAAGAACCACUUCAUGAGAGACUCUUUGGAGAAGAAAAGGCAAAUGAUGCAGAAAAUCAGGUAGCCAACUGGGCAGAAGUCUUCACCUUGCUCCAAGAUGGUCAUUGCUCCUCUGUUUCUUCUGCAAACAAUAAUUCCAUACCCUCACAGGUAGCACUCGGAAAUGCUUGCACUUUAAGGGAUGCAACAAAUGAAUCUCAUGUCACUAUUAAACUUAAAGGAAAUCAGAAUUUGAAGAAAAUUGAUGCCAAAAUGAUAGUUGGUGAUAAUGGCACAAGUGGAGCUCCAAAGUCGGGGAACACUAAUAAUGCUUUUCAUAAGGAGUUGGUUCAAGGUGAGAAAUUUUCAAGUCUUAUUGUGUCUUCUCUGUUACAAAAUCCUGCAGCCCAUGCUGUGGCUAGCUCCACAGCCGCAUUUUGGCCUUACGCAAAUGCUAAAAAUAGGAAAGACCCUCCAAGUAUGGCAGCAAUUGCUGCUGCCACUGUAACCGCUGCAACUGCUUGGUCGGCAGUCCAUAGACUGCUUCCUCGUCAAACUGACUUUAGAUGUUCUCCCAUCUCUAUGACCGGGGUUCCAGUUCCAUCAAUGGAUACCGGUCAAGCUCCUCCAGCCAAGAGAGAGAAAGGAGAGAGUUCUCUGCAAAUUCCUUCCUUGCAGGAUCAACAAUUGGACUCAAGACACACGGAAGCUGUGGAAGCUCAACAUUCAAACAUUGCAAAGGCUAAUACUGAUGAUGAGAAGGACGUUGCGUCAACUGAAGAAGUUCAUGAUUCAAACCAUGCAAAGAGCAGAAAACAGCAGGUUGACCGUUCCUCAUAUGGUUCCAACACACCAUCCGACAGCGAAGACGAGACAGCUGCAAUAGAGAAGAACGAGAAAGGGAAGGAAGAACUAAAAGAGCCUAAUACAAGUCACCCAGCUGCUGAGUAUAGUCAACGUCGCUGUAGAUGUGUCAGCAACAUGUAUGAUUCAUGGAAAGAGGUCUCUGAAGAGGACCUCAAGAUUAAGGGGCAUCAGAAUGACGGUAUGGAAGACUGA